CACUGCUGCUUUAUUUUUUUACGACUUUUUCCUCAACCGGCUCGUCUAUUUUUUUAACCAAUUGUCUCACAUUUGAUCGCGAUUCGUCACAUGUGUAUAUUCGUUUUUUGAACCGGAACACGUCGACCCGUUUUGCGGACGAAGAAUAGUCAUCGAGAGCUACGCUAACGCUCAGUUAGUAGUGUGAUAAACAAACUACUCUAGCUGGUUGCAGUAUGCUUUGGUUCGUAAAUUAGUCCUAAUGCAAGUGGAAAUUGUCUAUUUUCAUACUUUACAGGUUCGAAUAUGUAAGCCAGCCAUGUCUGGUUUACUGACGGAAAGAAGCUGUUGAUUUCAGGUGAAAAAUGCAGGUCUUAUAAGUGACAAUGUUGUAGGAUGAAUGACAUGAACCUGAGUCCAGUGGGCAUGGACCAGCUGAGUGUGCCUUCAGUGAGUGCGAGCCACUUAGGCCUGGCCACCUCACCACCACAUAACACCAUCCCCACCCCAGGGAUGCCAGUUGCCAUCCCCAGCCUGGGUCCUUCUUUAGGCUCCCUUCCCUCCGCGUUGUCCCUCAUGCUGCCCAUGGGCCCUCUGGGGGAUCGAGGAGUCAUGUGUGGCCUCCCGGAUAGGAAUUAUUCCCUGCCACCUCCUCCUUACCCCCACUUGGAGAGCAGCUACUUCCGACACAUUUUACCGGGUAUUUUGUCCUAUUUGGCCGACCGUCCACCACCUCAGUACAUCCAUCCCAGCAGCCUUAACAUGGACGGGACCCUCUCUGUGGCCAGCAACAACCCCUCGGGUCUCGACCCUUACAGCGGAGCGGGCGGCCCGCUGGAGCAGGGCUUGGUGCCCUUGGACUCGAGACAAGUCAGCGGCCAAGGAGACCUCCACCAGACUGGCACCCAUGAUUUGGACUCUACAGGGUUAGCAAUGGAGUCUCGCGACAACAGCCCCAUGUCCCCGGACAGAAUGGGAGAGGAGCUGGCCUCCAUGGACGGAGUCGGGGUGGUCCCGGUGUCUGACAGCGGGAGCCAGCCCCUGUCUGGGGUGGACUCCUCCGGCGGGGUCAUGCCCCUGCAUGGACCCCCUGUGCUGGAGCUCCCCGUGGUAAUGGAACCGGAUCACAUGGGGGGCCGCGUGGGCAAUGCGGGCGCAGGAGCAGCAGGAGGACUCGGGGACCAGCUCCACCCGAACGGGGAGCUGAAUUCCGGCGUUGUUAGCGUGGUGCUCACCAGCUCCAUGGCCGACCAGGGUCAGCUGGGGCCCGUGUCCCUCCACGGGCACUCCGGAAUGGGGCUCGACUCGGUGAAUGUCUCGCCCAUCACCACGGAGGUAUCGCUGGGUCCGGAGAACAAUUUGGUGCUGGUCAACUCCAGUCUGCAACUGGAGGAUUCGAGCCCCAACAAGGAGGGCAUGGUUACUGCUUACACGAUUUGGUGCACUCUGUGCGAGCGCUCGUAUACCUCAGACUGCCCGGAGCACGGCCCAGUCACUUUCAUCCCAGACACGCCCAUCCAAAGCCGGGCUCGCCUCUCCAUCCCGCGUCCACUUUGCCUGCGCAUCUCCGUAGCCGACGAGCCGCUCGGUGUUUUUGCACGCGACAUCAUACCAGCGAGGACCUGCUUCGGACCCAUGGUUGGCCAGCACUGUAGCAACGUCGAUCUCUCUGACUGGGCGGAAAAAGACACGCCUCAGAUUUGGAAGAUGUACCACAACAAUGUGCUGGAGUUCUACAUCGUGACGGCAGAUGAGAACGAAUGCAACUGGAUGAUGUUUGUACACAGGGCAAGGAGUCGCGAAGAGCAGAACCUGGUCGCAUACUCAUCCAACGGGAAGCUCUUCUUCUGCACGACCACGGAGAUCCACCCGGACGAGGAGCUGCGCUUCUACUACAGCCGGGAAUACUGCCGACUCAUGGGUGUUCCUCCUUUACCCGAGGCUCAGCUCUGCCAGUGUGGCAAAGACUGCUCCUCUUUUUCGGACCUCAAGCCUCACAUGAGCAACCCUGACCACAACCAGCCCCCUCACAGCCACAGCCCACCAGAGCGGGAGCACCCGCUUCAGCAAGAGCAGCAGCAGCAGCAAGCGCCGCCGCAACCGGAUGCAAAGCUCACCAACGGGACGUCGAGCUCUUCGUCCUCUCCGUGGCCUCAAGCGGCAGGACCGACCAACGGGGACACCCUGAACGCCAGUCAGAACUCAAGCGCCGGCACCUCCAGAACGAACGCCAAAGGUUCCAGGCAUCCGCGGGAAAAGAAAUUCAAGUGCAGCAUGUGCUCGCGGGCGUUCAUCACUUCCACCAAGCUCAACGUGCACUUCAUGGGGCACGUUGGCAUGAAGCCGCACAAGUGCGAAUACUGCAGCAAGGCCUUUAGUGAUCCCAGCAACCUCAGGAUGCACCUCAAAAUACACACAGGUCAGAAGAACUAUCGGUGCACGGUUUGCGAGAAGUCCUUCACGCAAAAGUCCCACGUGGCGUCUCAUAUGCUCAUCCACACCGGCGCCGAGAAACUCAAGUGCGACCUGUGCGAGCGGAUGUUCAUCCGAAAGCACGACCUGAAUCAGCACAUGUUUUCUCACACCCACGAGCGUCGGAUUCAGUGCCCCAAGUGCAACAAGCACUUCCUGAAGCCAAACCACCUGAAGAAGCACAUGAACUCCCACGAGGGCCGCCGGGACUUUGUCUGCGAGAAAUGCCACAAGGCCUUCCUCACCAAGUACCACCUCACACGCCACCUCAAGAUAUGCAAGGGGCCCAAGGCGGAGCGCUCAUCCCGGAAGGAGCGACACGUGGACGAGGAGGAGGACGAUGAAGAGGAAGAGGAGGAAGCCGAGAAUAGCGGGGGCAGAGGAGGGGAGAGACUUUUGGACUCUGGCAGGAGUGAAGACGUUGGAGGAUAUAACUCUGAAAAAUCACUGUCACCCCCUCAUUGACUACAGAGUCAUAUUAAUUUAUUGACUGGCAUACAUUACACUAAUGUUUACCUCUCAUUUUUCAAAUAUUUUUUCAAAUGUUGUUAUUUUACAUUCAUGUUGAAUAUCACAACCAUAUCAGUGCUGCUAAAAGACUCAUAACUUUUGACUUGUCUAGUUUUGAUGUAGGUGCAUAAAAGCUCUCAUUCUUUA